GUAAGCUCCUCCCAUCACAACCAACCUCUGCGAUCACACUUUACCCAACAACAGCACCAAUGGACAUAACGCUGCAAGUCCUGCUCUUGCUCUGGAUCGAACAUGUUGCAGUACGCGCUGACUGUCCGACCACAUUUUCAAACAAAUCACUACAACUAAAAAGUCAGCAGGACGUCGACCAACUGACCGAUUGUACUAGAAUUGAAACCGACGUUUUGUUGGGUUCCAGCAACUGUGACCAGCCGUCGCUGAUCUCGUCACUGGCAUCUCUCGAAAGCAUCACGUCAAUCAGUGGCUACCUGAAGAUAUCCUGCCUAUCCAAUCUAACCCGCGUGGAUGGAUUUGAUAGCCUCACACACGUCAAAGGACUUGAAAUAGACAGCAACAUGGUUUUAAAAACGAUUAAAGCAUUUCCCAGUCUGUCUACACUAGAAGGCGCUUUGGUAGUUACAAAUAAUGUCAACCUUACUACAAUUGCCGGAUUUGAAAUACUAUCUAAAGUAACAGGCCAUGUACAGAUAGACAGAAACGGAAGGCUAACAUCGUUGUCUGGCUUGACAAGACUGCAGCAGAUUGAAGGAAAAAGUCUCUCUGGCUAUUUUGCUCUGUCUAUAGUCAAUAAUUUCAUUCUUCCAACUUUGGAUGGGUUUCAGAGUCUCACAAGAAUAGCCAAAGGCACUGUUCAUAUAGAAGGAAACAGAAAUCUUUGCUACGCUGGAUAUCCAGUUUGGGCCUAUGGAAAAUAUAAGUCAAGGCCAAAAAGUGGAGCAUAUGAUAAAGGAAUUGACUGGAGAACACGGUUAUUUACAUCCAAUACAAAGCUGUGGAGGUGGGUAUCAGGGAAUAUACCCACAUUGCUGGUACAAAAUAAUGGUGACACAGGAGAUUGUGAGUCUGCCACUUGCUCAUCUAACUGUGCACCUGGAACAGGAUGCCUUGGUCCUGAAAGCAAUCUUUGUGGCAGCUGUCGAAGUGACCAGUAUGUUAGCACAUGUUCUGACCUUGAUUCAUCUGAAACAUCAGCAGAAAGCUGUAAUAGUGACGACUGGUGGCCACCAUUUCACCUGCCCUAUUUGAUUAUUUUUGUUAUCAUCAUUUUGGUGGUUGUAAUAGUGAUCAUAGGGAUAAGUAUUUGUGUGUAUCGGCAUUGCAAACGACAACGUUUCAUGAGGAAAGGGUCAUUCCGACUCACAGUAACAGAGUCAACAGAAAAUCUACCUGCUGAUAUUGAGACUGGCAUUGAAAAAGGAGGAAUUGCUAUGCAUGCCAUUCGUAAAAUUGACACAAGCUCAACUGAUCAACCAUACACACACACUGUUGUUGAACACCCAACUGAAAACUCGGAAGACAUUAGGUACAGUAAAAAAGAGAAAGAAGACAAGAAGUUGCAACUAAAGCAGCAGAAGGAAUUGGCAAAACAAGAAAAGGAGCGUUUAAAGAGAGAACGAGAAGAGCAAACACUGCUACUGAAACAAGCAAAGAAACUCUCUAAUGAGAGAGCAGAUGACAAAUUAGUUAUUGAAAAUGCUGGCAUGACAGACAGUUUGUUACUCAAACAGCCAACAAGAAGCAAAAUGGAAAUUUCAUCACACAUUCACGUCAACUACCCUAGAGAUCAGCUGACACUUGGAGAAGAGAUGGGCAAAGGGACCAACUAUCAAGUUUUUGAAGCCACAGCACAGCGUAUCAUCUCUGGAUUGAAAAAGACUAGAGUAGUUGUAAAGCAACUGAAAACAACAGCAACUGAUGCUGAAAAACAGCAGUUUCUUAAAGAAAUUCAACACAUCAAAACUCUGGAACAGCAUGAAAAUUUGGUUUCACUACUGGGUCUAUGCACAGAAAUUGAUCCUUUCAUAGCAAUACUUGAGUAUUGUGCUCAGGGGAAUCUGAAAACUUAUCUAAUUGGUCAUCGUUGGGAUGCAGCUGCAGUUCGUGAAAGAGGAGUCCAUGUCAGAAUGGCGGCUGAUAUUGCAUCUGGAUUGAACUACCUUCACCAACACAAUCACAUACAUAAUGACAUGGCAGCUCGCAACUGCCAGGUUGCCAUAGACAGUUCUGUUAAGAUUGGAGAUUAUGGCCUUGCACAAGAAGUAUUCAGGGAUGAUUAUCAUCUGAUCGAGAACCGUAACAGAAUUGUGCCAAUUCGUUGGCUAGCACCAGAGAUUUUGACAAUAGACAACAAAAGUGCAACCUUUGCUGCUCAGACAAAGGCUAGCAAUGUGUGGUCAUUCGGAAUUACUCUGUGGGAAGUUAUGAGUUUUGGUCAUAAACCAUAUAGUCAGCUGUCCAAUGAGGAAGUGAUGCAGUCAGUAAUUUACCAUAAAACUAGUCAACUAGCUAACCCACUGGAACCUGGGCAGCAGCCACAAGAAAGCUUCAUAGUGAUGCAGAGUUGCUGGUUACUACCAGAAAGCAGACCGACCAUGGCUCAAGUACAUGAAGCUCUUGAUCAUCUGAAAAGAACAGGAAACUUAUCAGAUCGAUUUUGUGACCAAUUUGAUCCACACAAAAGGCUGUCAUUGCUACAAUCAAAAAACAGUGACACAAAGCCCACAUUGCCAUCAGCAACAAGAGUUACAACAAUGCAGCAGCCACCUUUCUCUGCUGCAGUACAAAGACCUCAUACAAGUCCUGCUGCCUGUUCAACAGGUUCCCCAACUAUAGUACCAAGACAAGUUCGACAAGCAGUUGCCAUGGAUGUGACACAACCCUCAUCUCGUUCUCCUGUCCUCAGAGGGUCACCUCCAAUAACUGCUACACGAGCAGCUAAACGCACAGCUGUUUUAGAAGCACUUGCAAAUUCACAGCAAACUAACUCAUUGCAGAUAGACGAAGCAAGUUCGAAUAAUGACGAUCUACAAGAGGAAGAGGAACCUCACCGAAAAAGUACUCUGAAGUCACUGGCUGCUAAACAAGGGCCGAAGAAAACUGUAAAGUUCCCUGAAACCAAUCUAACACAAACAAUAGAAGUCUCAAUUGUUUCACUGCAUAGCUUGGAUGAUUCUGAUAUAGAAAGUGCUUUAAACAAUGUUGAGAGUGAUGAAGAGGACACUGCUUCAGAUACUGCAAUAGAUAGUCAGAUUUACCAAUCAGAUACAUUGACCAGAAAGAAAAGAAGAGAGCAAGACCAUACAGACUCUACAAAUCUUAUGUCCACAGACCUGGAUGCAGUAAAACAAAACCAACUGCCACCUACUGAGAACCAGCCAGAACAUGGUACGACAUCAGCUGCUUCAGGAGAAGACAAAGCUGCUCUGAUAUGGUAAAUCAAUAAACCACCUUCCCAUAAGACGAGCACCUAC